AUGCCGGGCAGAGAUUCAAAACGUAGUCAAUAUGGCAAUUAUGGAUAUGCUAAUGGCCGAGGUGGUGGUGGUGGUGGUGGUGGUGGUGCGCCACGUAAUCAUGUAAUACCAACGGAACCUCCAUAUACCGCUUAUAUUGGUAAUGCACCUGAUUCAAUGGUACAAGGUGAUUUUGAAAAGCACUUAUUUACUGGAAUGAAAGUUAAACAAGUUCGAUUAGUUCGAGAUCGGCAAACAGAUCGAUUUCGAGGUUUUGCUUAUGUCGACUUCGAAGAUGAAGAAUCAUUACGUCGUGCUAUUGAUCUAGAUGGAACUUUCAUUAACGAUCGUCCGAUUCGAAUUGAUGUCGCUGUUCGACCAUUAGGUGGAGCAAAAAACGAAGGGUUUCGUAAUAAACCUGGUUUUGAAUCUCACGAUAAUCGUCGUGUUCAAUCCGGAAAUAACAAUGACAAUCGAUCUAAUGAUAGAUUUCGUCCAGGUGGCCGUCGUAAUUAUAAUCAAGGAGAAAAUUUUCAACACACCGCCGAUGGUCAUAAUCAAGAUGAAUCGUAUGGUGGACGAAACUAUCAUUCAUCAAAUUCCGAUAAAAAUCAUGAACGUUAUCAACAAAAAGCAUCUAAUGAUGAUGUUUUUAUUGCACUGGACACACCAGCAUCGAGUGAAGAUGUUACUGAUCAAACACCAAAUGAUCAAAAUACAUCAAUAACUCGACAAACAAGUCGUAAUUGGGCCGAUUGUCCAAUCGAUGAGACAACUACUGAACAACCAUCAUCACCACCACCAAGUGCUGAUAAUACAUUUAGUGGUGAUGAUUUUCAAGUCGUUCGUAAUAAAAAUCCAAAGACUCGUAUGAAUCAGCAAACAGCAUCACGCCCUAUGAAUAAUCAAUAUGGUCGUGGUCGUAAUAAUGUUAAUGAUCGUCGUGGAGGACCGCCACAAAUGACUGGUGGGCGUAAUUAUUAUGAACAAAAUCCAGCUCAAUACAUGAACCAACAUCAACAACAAUCGUAUCGCCAUCAACAACAAGGACCUUCACAAAGUCAUAUGGGCUCAUCAUAUCGUACGAAUAAUAAUAAUACUAAUUAUGAUAAUAAUAAUCGAAAUCCACCAUCAUCUGAGUCGCGACAAAGAUUAAAUUCUAAUAGAUCAAAUACUAGUCGAACUCAAAAUGAUAAUAGCGAACGUACGAAAACAGGAACUAGUGAAAGUUCAAAUGAUAUUAAUAAUAAUUCAGCAUCAUCUGAAAAUCGACCACGUUUGCAAUUGUUACCACGUUCACAAAAAGCCUCAUCGUCAACCGAUGAAGCUCCAACGUCGGAACCCGCAGGACGAAAUUCAAAUAUUUUUGGUUGUGGUAAACCGCGUGAUGAACGUGAUCCAAAAGUAGCUGAAUUAAACAAACAUAUUGAGGAAGUCGUUGAAAAAGAACAACAUAUACCUCGAACCCAAUCGACUACAUCAAAUGGAUCAGUUGAUGUUGUCGCCAAGCCGGUGCGAAUUUUAACGGCAGCAAAGGAAUCAUUAGUUGGCCAUUGA